AUGGCGCAGGAAAGACGGAGGUCCGUUGGGCUGCCCGCCCCGUGCAUCCUGGGCAUCGAUCUGGGCACCACAUCCGUAAAAGUGGUCCUGGUGGAAAAAACGAAUAAGGUCCCCACCCUGGUUGCCAGCUGCACCAAGCCGGUGCAGGCCGAUGUGCUCAUCAAAGAGGCUCAGUUGCGGGAGAACGAGCAGGAUGUCCACAGAAUCAUUGAAGCUUUGAACAGUUGCCUAGUGUCUUUUUCUCCGGCUUUUGUGGAAAGAGUUUGCUGCAUUGGCGUUUCUGGACAGAUGCACGGGGUGAUGUUUUGGGAAGCCGGGAAAGGUUGCACAUGGACCGAAAAUGGAGGCCGGUGGACUUUUCAGCCGGACAAAGCCAGUCAGCUGAUCACCUGGCAAGAUGGCCGCUGCAGCCCCCAAUUCCUGUCUUCCCUCCCUGCGCCUCAGUCGCACCUCAGCGUGGCUUCUGGAUACGGCUGUGCCACCAUCUUCUGGCUCUUAAAGAACAGGCCAGAUUUCCUGGCACCCUACACUGCUGCUGGCACCAUCCAGGAUUAUGUCGUAGCCAUGCUGUGUGGCCGGGAGAAGCCACAGAUGUCCGUGCAGAAUGCCGCCGCCUGGGGAUACUUCAGUACCAUAGAAAAAUCCUGGAAUACUAAACUUUUGGAAGACUCUGGCUUUCCCAUCCGUUUGCUUCCUGAAGUGGUCGAUUCCGGAGACCUUGCUGGGGAAACCUGCCAACCGUGGCACCGGGUCCCAGCCGGAACCAAGGUUGGGAUAGCCCUGGGAGAUUUCCAAUGCUCAGUUUACUCUUGCAUGUCUGAAGACAGUGAUGCAGUUCUCAACAUCGGCACCUCGGCCCAGCUGGCGGUCCGCCUGCCGCCCGGGUUCCAGCCUGUGGAGGCUCCAGAUCCAAAAUCACCUGUGCAAUAUUUCCCAUAUUUUGACAACCGGUAUCUGGCGGUGGCUGCUUCGCUAAACGGCGGAAACGUGAUGGCCGCGUUCGUGAAGAUGGUGGCUGGAUGGAUGGCUGAGCUGGGGCUGGAAGUCUCCGAAUCCGACGUCUACCGGACGAUGAUAGAAGCCGGGCUCAGCCAGGCCGAGAGCCGUCUCCGCGUCUGCCCCACCCUCUUUGGGGAAAGACACGCACCCGCCACUCUGGCUUCGGUGACGAACAUCGCGGCCUCCGACAUGUCCCUGGGGCACGUGGUCCGCUCCUUGUGCCGGGGGGUGAUCCAAAACCUGCACGCCAUGCUCCCUUCUGGGAACCUGAAGGAAGCCGGGGCCGAGCGGAUCGUGGCCAGCGGAAGCGGGCUCUGCCGGAACGAAGUGAUGAAGCAGGAAGCGGAGAAGGCCUUUGCGCUCCCCGUGGUCCACGGCCAAGUCGCCGAUGCCGCCUUGGGGGCGGCUUACGUGAUGCUGAAGAGGAGUCCCCGGAGGGACCUUGGAGGUCAUCCCGGCCGGUACUAG